UGUGGGGGUGGCCGCCAGUUUUGUUUCGGUAUUUAACGUGUACGGUUCGAAUUUUGUGUUUUUGGAUAAUAACUGAAAUCGAACACAUUCUUCUUUUGUUUGCUUGUUGAAAUUUUCAGUUGCGAUCAUUUGUCUUUGGAAUAAUAUUUUUCGAAUUAAAUGUUCAUUGAAUGACCUUUAAAAUGUUGAAAAUUAUGUGGUGGCCAAUUUUGGCAUUUUAUGUUGUGUUAAGUCUAUUAACAACCUUACAAAUUGAAGCUAUGCCAACGGCUAUCACCAACACCACCACCACCAACACCCAUGCUCCCACUCAUAUAGUGAGUUAUGUGCAUCAAGGUAAAUUGGCAAAAGCACAAAAACCCGGCAAACAUGAUGAAUUCGAGAAUUUCGAUUUUGAGACUUUCGGUUGGAAUCUAACCGCAAAGGGACCCGAAAUGCGAGGAGCAUUACAGCAACUUGUCGAUCGUUUUGUGGAGAAUUUUGAAACUAGCCUGGAUAGCAUUGAUGUGUCGGGCACAGCUCCAGCCCAAAAUGGUCAAUUACAAAAAUCGGUGGAGGACAAUGAAAUACCCUACAAACAGGAGACGGAUGAUCAAAAAGAAUUACAACCCAACACCUUGGAUGCUGCGAGUUUUGGUAACAACGAACAACAUGAAUCCCAAAUCAAUGAGACCCUAUGGCAACGUUCAAAACAAAGUAUACCAGUGUUGGAAUCUGUUCGCCAUUUGGUCCAUAGUGUACGCGAUGGAGCUCUCAAUCAUACGGAACAUGUUAAGCCAGAAAGGCAUCAUCAGUUGCUGACGGAAAGCACCCAUAGAAUAACACCGCCAAAUGAAACAUCACCAGCCAUUGAGACAGAGGAAGAGCGAGAAAUGAUUAUCGAAAGUUCCGAUUUGAAGUUUUUGGAAGUUUUAGGUUCCAUAGGCAGCCGGGUGUGGGGUUUUCUAUCGAGCUUGAAACAAGUGUUUGCCGCCAGCAGUGGCAGUGCUAGUGCUGCACUCUCCUCUCAGAGUUCUUCGAGUAGUUUUUAAGGAAUUAUAGCGAAAAGAGUUGUAUUUUGUUGUUAUUAUGAAACUACUUUUUAGUUUAAUGUGAAAUUGUAAAGUGCCUAAAUCUGUGAUUAACUUUGUCGAAGAAAAUAAAUAUAAAUUUUAAUCGAUUUAAUUAA